GUGUCUGGCCAUCUGAAGAAGUGCUGGCUUACUACUGCCUAAAGCACAAUGAAAUAUUCAGGGACCUUGCUGUGUGUGAGCUAGGGGGUGGCAUGACAUGCUUGGCUGGGCUCAUGGUUGCUAUUUCUGCAGAUGUCAAAGAAGUUCUGUUAACUGAUGGAAAUGAAAAGGCCAUCAAAAAUGUGAGUGAGAUCAUCACAAGAAACCAAAGUGCAGGAGUAUUUAAGGCUCAGAAAGUGUCAAGCCGCAUUUUACGAUGGGAUAAUGAGACAGAUGUCUCUCAACUGGAAGGACAUUUUGACAUUGUUAUGUGUGCUGACUGCCUGUUUCUGGACCGGUACAGAGCUAGCCUUGUUGAUGCAAUAAAGAGAUUACUCCAACCCAGUGGAAAAGCAAUGGUAUUUGCUCCACUCCGAGGGAAUACUUUAAACCAGUUUUGCAAUCUAGCUGAAAAAGCUGGUUUCUCUAUCCAAAGACAUGAAAAUUAUGAUGAACACAUUUCGAACUUCCACUCCAAGGCAAAGGAAGACCUGCCCACCUUUUAAAAUCCAUAUCCAGGGUACGACUACAUAGCUAUAUAACCUGCACAUUGAGAAUAUUAAGUACAUAAUUGAUGUUCUAUAAUGAUAUGCCUUAGGAAAUGUUGUUUACUUUAUCUGUGAAUAAAAAUAGUCUCAUCC